AUGGCACCUCCCGAGGCUUCGGCAUCCAAACUCGCGCUCAAAGGCUCGUCCAAAAUCGUCACCGACUACUUCGAGUUUGCUAUGAACAACAUUCUUUUCCAGAGAGGAAUAUAUCCACCAGAAGACUUCGUCACAGUUCGAAAAUACGGUUUGCCAUUGCUUGUCAGCAACGAUCCGGAAGUGCGAGACUAUAUCAGCAAUAUCAUGAUACAGAUCAAGAAAUGGAUCUACGGCAAAAGAAUUGUAAAAUUGGUGCUAGUCAUAGUAUCCAAGUCCACUGUGGAGACUGUAGAGAGAUGGGAGUUCAACAUCGACAUAAUGGGUAAAGACUCAACAGAUAUAAUUGACUCUGGAGAGGAGGAAAAAUCUAGGGUCGAGACACAGAAGGAAAUCCAGACCAUUAUCAGACAAAUAACCUCACUGGUGACGUAUUUACCGGUGUUGAAAGAUGAUGACUAUACCUACAACGUUUUGGUAUACACCGAUCCCAAGAAUCCAACGUCGUCGAUCCCAAUUGAAUGGUGUGACACAAAUGGAGACUCUCGUCUAGUUGAGGGAGACAAUGUAGACAAGGUGGACUUCACUUCUUUUAGUACUAAUAUUCAUCAAGUCGGCACUUCAGUUACAUACAAGUACGACAGCUAG